AAUAUUUUUGCGAACUUCAAAAUCAAACACAACCAAGUAUUUCACAACGUAACCCACCAACUCAGCAAAAUAAUUUUACAGAAUUGGAGGUGUAUCUUGUGGAACCAAUCGAUGAGAAUGAUGAACCAUCUUAA